AUGUAUUCAGCCGCAUCGAGUCAUCAUAGUUUUAAGUUCGAGACCUUUGAUUAUUACCUACGGGCUAAUCAAAAAUUCGUUCAAAAUAAUUUCGACAACGGUUUUCAUUUUCACCAACAACAACCGCGGAAGUGUCAACCAAACGACUUUAACAAUUCCCAUGAAUACCAUCAUAGUUAUCUACCCACGGCGACGGGAGUGGUACCGCCAUCUCCUUCGUCGGUUAUUUUUCCAAAUCAAUGUUCGUAUCCUUGCGGCGGCGGCGGUGGUGGCGAAGAAUUACAAACCCAAUUUAAUUCAAAUCAGAGUUACAUUUAUUCGGAUAACUCAACUUUAAGAAAUUAUUUGGACAUGUUCCAAAAUAAAAAAUGUCCUUUAAAAAAUUGCAGUGAUGAAAGUACAUUGGGCAGUGAGGAUAGUCCAAAGGAAUGUAAGGACAGCAUAAGUUCUUUGUCCUCAUCAGUCCAUCAGUUGAGUAAUGUUGACCGUUUAUCUGGGGGAGAUUGGGAGUUCUUAAGUGCUGUCAGUGGCAGUGAAAAUAUUAAUGGAACAUCAGAUGUGAAUUUUGUGAAAUAUCAGGAUUGCGAGAAAAUAAAUUGGAAUCGAGCUAUUGAGGGCGAAAGCAAUUGCAUUUUGAAAGCGUCCACCAUAACUAAAACACCAGACAUGUUGGCAACAUCAGCAACAGCAAUUACAACACCAACAAAAAAAGAAAGUAGGAAUUUAACAUCUGCAAACCGGAAGGAACGCACCACAUUUACCAAAGAUCAAAUCACAGAAUUAGAAGCGGAAUUCUUACAUUCAAACUAUUUAACUAGACUAAGGAGAUAUGAAAUAGCAGUGGCAUUGGAUUUAUCUGAAAGACAGGGAUCUCAGGACAUCAGUGAAGAUUCAACUCACAAUUUCACUGAUUGA